UGGGAGAUGCGGCGAACGACCGCCUUCCCUCCGGGCUGCUGCGCAUGCGCGGGCGGCGCGUUGCCGGGCGGCCGGGAGGCGCUGCGUGCCCUAUGGAGAAGGGCCCGCGGAACGCCAUCGUCUUCAACGCUUCCAAAGGGGAAGCCUUCACUCCCGCCAGCAGCUACAAGGCGUGGCGUAAGAGGCUCCGAGGGAAUUGGAAGAUCCUGAGCUUAAAAGAUGAGAUCACGUCUGAGAAGCUCUAUGGAGUGAAACUGUGGAUAACAGCUGGUCCAAGAGAAAAGUUCAGUGCUGCUGAGUUUUUGGUUCUGAAGAAAUUCCUGGAGGAUGGUGGAGCCAUCCUGGUGAUGCUAAGAGAAGGCGGCGAGUCCAGAUCUGGCACAAACAUUAACUUUUUGUUAGAAGAAUAUGGGAUCGUUUUCAAUAAUGAUGCUGUUGUACGAAAUGUAUAUUACAAGUACUACCACCCAAAAGAAGCACUGAUCUCUGAUGGAGUUUUGAAUAGGGGAAUCAGUGAAGCUGCAAGAAAAACAGUGCUUGAGACAACAGUUGAAGAUGGGAAUGGGCAUAACUCACAAGCUCUCACUUUUGUGUAUCCAUUUGGUGCCACACUAAAUGUGAUGAGACCGGCAGUGGCUGUUCUGUCAACAGGAUCUGUCUGCUUCCCUCUCAACAGACCUAUUCUUGCAUUCUAUCAGCAUGAGCUUGCAGAAAUUGUAGACAAAAAGAUAGAAGAUGAAGCCAGAGACAGAGCUUCUUUCUCAGGCAGAGCAGAGAAACGUACCAGAAGGAAAACAGAAUCUAUUGAAGCAAAGAAGAGACGCAGUAAAGAACAGCAACAAAAAUUGAAGGAGUGGAAAAGUCAAGGUGGAAAGAUGGCAGCACUGGGAUCUUGCCACAUGUUCAGUGAUCAAUAUUUAGAUAAAGAAGAAAAUGGUAAGAUCAUGGAUAUACUUUUCCAGUGGCUCACAACAUCAGAUAUUCAUUUAAACCAGAUGGACAUGGAAGACCCUGAGAUUUCAGACUACACCUUGCUCCCAGAUACAGCUGCACUGUCUGAGCAACUGCGGGUCUGCCUGCAAGAAGGAGAUGAGAACCCAAGAGACUUCACAAAGCUGUUUGAUACAUCCCUGUAUCAGCUGGACACAACUGCCCUCCCUUCAGUUAUCAAAGCUUACGAACAGUUGAAUGUGAAACAUGAACCUCUCCAACUCAUUCAGCCUCAAUUUGAGACUCCACUACCUGUCUUGCAGCCAGCUGUUUUUCCACCUGCUUUCAGAGAAUUGCCUCCUCCUCCUCUGGAGCUGUUUGACUUGGAUGAAACAUUUUCCUCUGAGAAAGCUCGUCUUGCAGAGAUUACAAACAAAUGUACUGAUGAUGACCUGGAGUUUUAUGUACGAAAGUGUGGCGAUAUCCUAGGUGUAACAAGUAAACUUCCAAAGGAGAAACAGGAUGCCAAACAUAUUCUGGAGCACAUCUUCUUCCAAGUGGUUGAAUUUAAGAAACUGAAUCAGGAACACGAUACUGAUACAAGUGAAGCUGGAUUCCAGAAUGGUAACUGAGACCUGGCUUUCCCCUGAUGGAGUUGGAUCUAUUAAAAAUGUACUUAGCGAUUUUCUUCAACCUCUGUGUUCAGUACAUUGAUUGAGACUGAGUAUGUCACUGAAUGUAUGGAUCAGUUACAUAUAGUAAUUGGGAUAACUAAUGCCUUUUGAGGAAAUGUUUGUAUUUUCCAGAUAAUUUCCUAUUUUUCUAUUUCUUUAUUGAAACUGUAAUUUUGUUAUAUAUAAAUCUUAUGCUGAGACAAUGUAAGUUUGGUCCUUUCUUGCUCUGGUAUUUAUUUUCUUCUAAGUCUUACUGUUGGCCCUUUUGGCAUACACGUAGUUUUUAAUUGAGAUGUGAGAAAGAUCAUUACUCUGGUUAGUGAGCUGGAAAAAGAAAAUACAGCAAUAAAUAUAGGAGAUGCUGAAAAUAUAUUACUGUAUCACCCCAAGGCAGUCUCCUUUUGGAUCUCUGCAAAAAUGAACCAAGGUGUGAGGUAGGUUUAUAAGUGUAGGUUUCUUUCCAGGAGGGGGAGAAUUGAAAUCAGACAGUGAUGACAUUACAGACUGCUGCCUUCUUCAAGGUUGGAAGCACAUCAUGAAAAGAAGGGGUGGUGUUGGGAUUAGUAAGUUAAGAUUUAAUGGAUCCCUAUUAGGAAAAGCUGAUGCUGUGCAGGAAACUCAGGGAGACAUUAAACUAGGAAUGGAAACUCACGUGGAAUUCAUCAUCCAUUAAAUACUGAAGCUCAGUGUGUGGUGAAAAUAUAGCCAAGGUAUAAGAAGUGAGAGGAACAGAUUUGUCACUGUCAUUAACGUUGUGUGUCAGUGUUGCUGGAGAUUUUUAACAACUCUCUGAGGUUGCACUUUGAUAUUCAAAGAGUUCUGUAUUUCAUCAGCCACCCUGACUGCAAAACUUGAUUUUUCCCCCACUCAAGCACUUUGUAAGGCCUUUGUGACACUUGUGCCUUAUCUUUAUCUGCCAUGUUUUUUAAUGUAAAAGCUGCUGCUUUUCCAAAAGGUUUGUCUUACCUUCUCUCCUCACCCCUCCCAAAAAAAAAAACCAAAACAAUCAUUUUACAUUGUUUCAUGUUUAGGAUACUUUCCUAAAGCUGGUUUCCCAAUGCACCUGCCAAGCUACUAAUCAGCUAAGAUGUGCCAAUGUAAUACUGGCAGAAGGGAUUAUACUGUAUACUUUGCAUCUGUAUACUUUACAGACAAUCCUUUAUCAUAGCAGCAUGUUUCAGAAUUUUCAUUUUUUCCUCUUUCAUUUGUUUUUCUUUAAUAAUAUGGUUGUGGUUUUCACUCACAGAAGCACUUUGUAUGUUCCAGCUUCAGAUUUACAUAAUAAGCCUUAUCUUUCCCCUACAGUAUCAAUACCAAUCAGUCAACCAGCACUGACUACAGCUGAACCAAACAACUGUGCGAUCUUCUUGCUAAUUAUAGAUGUGGUUUGUACUGUUCUUUUGGUGUUUAAACUGCAAACUGUAAAUACACUCUCCUUCUGUGUCCCUUUUCAGAGUUGUUUUUGUCACCUGUUCCUGAUGUUGUAACAUGAUUUUUAGAAGUCAUCUGAGCAGCUAGAGAAUACAAGCAGCUCCCUGUUUGCUGUUUGUCUCUUGUGCCAUGCUGACAGCUGAAGUAAAAGAAGAGCUUUUUUUCACUGAAUGGAGGUUGUUUUGGCCAGAAUGUCUGCUGUGAACUGUGUGCAGAGGCAAUAGCUGCAUUCGGUCUUUCAAAACUGUCCCUUUGGCCCUUGGGAAGUGUUUAAACUGUUAUUCUAUGAACAGAAAUACUGCUUUGGGUGAGGAAAUAAAAUACAUGUAAAGCUUCAUUACUGAUUGACAGAAGUUGAAAGGAGUUUGAUCCAAUGAAGGCACUCAGCAAAGGUAACCCUGGGCUUAACAGGUGCUGCUGUUGACAAAACUGAGUACAAGUUACUUUUCCCUUUUACUCUCAUGUAGUAUUUUACCACUUCUUUCAUCCCUGAAAGAAGGGAAGCAAUAGUGGUUCUUCUGCCACCUGUAAACACCCUAAAAGCUGGUGUGAGCAAGUAAUUUUAGAGACAAAAGAGUGGAAGCGUGAGAUGGGAAGGGGAAGAGCAGCUCCAGCAGCUGUAGCAGCACGGUGAGAGCGUUCUGCCAGGCUCAAAGCUGAAGUACAAACUUGUUAAGUUUGAACAGCAAAAAAAAUCUCAACCAGCUCACAGCUGGCAGCCCCUGCAGC